ACACUUGAAAUAAUGUUUCCAAAUGUGUUUUUUUCCUUAAGCAUGUUCUUAAUUAUAUUGCACUCUUUCUGUUUAGAUCUCUUGUAUAGGCCUAAAUUUGAAACAUUGUGUUAAGUGCAUACACAGCUGUUAAAAAUAGCAUUCUGAUUUUUGUGAGCAAGUUUUCAAGUAAGUAAUAUGCAUGUGCCAAAGGGUUUUAUAAAAAGGUCUUAGAUGUUCUUUUCAUGAAGGUUUAGACAGUUUUUCCCUCAUUUCCAAGUGUAAAGACAACGUAAAAAUCGAAGAUACCAUGGAAUAUAUAAUGGAAAUAGUUUUGCAAUUAGGACCUGCUUUUAUUUUUGGUGCCCUACAGUUUUGUUAUUUAUAAAACAGGAUGGUGAAACUACCUCAGAUUUGUGAGGAUUAAGGUAUGUAAAAUGCCUAAUACGUAGUCACUAAAUAAGUAUUUCCUUAUAAGUCUUCUUACCAAAUUUUCCUGAAUGGUUUUAAAAUACUUUGUAUGUAGUGGACUAUAGUGUGUUAUGCUUUCUAAUGCUUGUUUUCUUUCCCACUGUAAACUCAUUCUUAAUAGCCAUGAACUUCUAGUGUUUACCAGAGAGUCUUACCAGUUGUCUUAGUCUGUUCAGGAUGCUAUAAUAGAAUAAUCAGACUGGGUGGCUUACAGAAAACAGAAAAAAAAACACCUUUUUUUUGUUUUUGGUGGUGCUGUGUAUCAGACCCGUGGCCUGGUGUGUGCUAGGCAAUUGCUAUACAACUGAGCUAAAUUCCCAGCCCACUAAUUUUUUUUCUUUUAAACAGAAACUUAUUUCUCACAGUUACGGAGGCUGAGAAGUCCCAAGAUCAAAGUGCUGGAAAAUUCAUGGAUAUCUGAGUUACUAAGCCUACGCUCAGAUCAAGUUAGCAGCUAGACUGGUGUGACAACCUGUUUUUAAUCAGUGACUCAAAGCUGUGAUCACCCUGAUGUCACCGAAUGGCCACAGCUUGUAAAAGAUCAUCAGGAGAAUCCCAGUCUGACAACACAGAAACUAGCCGAAUGAAGCGAGCAGCUGCAAAGCAUCUAAUAGAACGCUACUACCACCAGUUAACUGAGGGCUGUGGAAAUGAGGCCUGCACGAAUGAGUUUUGUGCUUCUUGUCCAACUUUUCUUCGUAUGGAUAACAAUGCAGCAGCUAUUAAAGCCCUGGAGCUUUAUAAGAUUAAUGCAAAACUCUGUGAUCCUCAUCCCUCCAAGAAAGGAGCAAGCUCGGCUUACCUUGAGAACUCAAAAGGUGCCCCUAACAACUCAGAGAUAAAAAUGAACAAGAAGGAAGGAAAACCUAGGAUUGAUUUUAAAGAUGUGAGUUUCUUAACUGAAGAGCUGGUAUAUGAAAUUCUUGAAUUAUGUAGAGAAAGAGAGGAUUAUUCCCCUUUAAUUCGUGUCAUUGGAAGAGUUUUUUCUAGUGCUGAGGCAUUGGUACAGAGUUUUCGGAAAAUCAAACAACAUACCAAGGAAGAACUAAAGUCUCUUCAAGGAAAGGAUGAAGACAAAGAUGAAGAUGAAAAGGAAAAAGCUGCGUGUUCUGCUGCUGCCAUGGAAGAAGAUUCAGAAGCGUCUUCCUCCAGGAUAGGUGAUAGCUCACAGGGAGAAAACAAUGUACAAAAAUUAGGCUGUGAGGAUGUGUCAGUAGAUAUUGAUUCAAUUAGAAGGGUCUACACAAGAUUGCUCUCUAAUGAAAAAAUAGAAACUGCCUUUCUCAAUGCACUUGUAUAUUUGUCACCUAAUGUGGAAUGUGAUUUGACAUAUCAUAACGUGUACUCCCGAGAUCCUAAUUACCUGAAUCUGUUCAUUAUCGUAAUGGAGAAUAGAAAUCUCCACAGUCCUGAGUACCUGGAAAUGGCCUUGCCGUUAUUUUGCAAAGCUAUGAGCAAGUUACCUCUUGCAGCGCAAGGCAAACUGAUUAGACUGUGGUCAAAAUACAGUGCAGACCAGAUUCGGAGAAUGAUGGAAACGUUUCAGCAACUCAUUACUUAUAAAGUCAUAAGCAAUGAAUUUAACAGCCGAAAUCUAGUGAAUGAUGAUGAUGCCAUUGUUGCUGCUUCAAAGUGCUUGAAAAUGGUUUACUAUGCAAAUGUAGUGGGAGGGGAAGUGGACACAAACCAUAAUGAAGAAGAUGAUGAAGAGCCCAUCCCUGAGUCCAGCGAAUUGACACUUCAAGAGCUUUUGGGAGAGGAAAGAAGAAAUAAGAAAGGUCCUCGAGUGGACCCACUAGAAACUGAACUUGGUGUUAAAACUCUGGAUUGUCGGAAGCCACUUAUCUCUUUUGAAGAGUUCAUUAAUGAACCACUGAAUGAUGUUCUAGAAAUGGAUAAAGAUUACACUUUUUUCAAAGUAGAAACAGAGAACAAAUUCUCUUUUAUGACAUGUCCCUUUAUAUUGAAUGCUGUCACAAAAAACUUGGGACUAUACUAUGACAAUAGAAUUCGCAUGUACAGUGAACGGAGAAUCACCGUCCUCUACAGCCUAGUUCAAGGACAGCAGCUGAACCCGUAUUUGAGACUCAAAGUCAGACGUGACCAUAUCAUAGAUGACGCGCUUGUCCGGCUAGAGAUGAUUGCUAUGGAAAAUCCUGCAGAUUUGAAGAAACAGUUGUAUGUAGAAUUUGAAGGAGAACAAGGAGUCGAUGAGGGUGGUGUUUCCAAAGAAUUUUUUCAGUUGGUUGUGGAGGAAAUCUUCAAUCCAGAUAUUGGUAUGUUCACAUAUGAUGAAUCUACAAAAUUGUUUUGGUUUAACCCAUCCUCUUUUGAAACGGAGGGUCAGUUUACUCUGAUUGGCAUAGUUCUGGGUCUGGCUAUUUACAAUAACUGUAUACUGGAUGUACAUUUUCCCAUGGUUGUCUACAGGAAGCUGAUGGGGAAAAAAGGAACUUUCCGAGACUUGGGAGACUCUCACCCAGUUCUAUAUCAGAGCUUAAAAGAUUUAUUGGAAUAUGAAGGGAAUGUAGAAGAUGAUAUGAUGAUCACUUUCCAGAUAUCACAGACAGAUCUUUUUGGCAACCCAAUGAUGUAUGAUCUAAAGGAGAAUGGUGAUAAAAUUCCAAUUACAAAUGAAAACAGGAAGGAAUUUGUCAAUCUCUAUUCUGAUUACAUUCUCAAUAAAUCAGUAGAAAAACAAUUUAAGGCUUUUCGUAGAGGUUUUCAUAUGGUAACCAAUGAAUCUCCUUUAAAAUACUUAUUCAGACCAGAAGAAAUUGAAUUGCUUAUAUGUGGAAGCCGGAAUCUAGAUUUCCAGGCACUAGAAGAAACUACAGAAUAUGACGGUGGCUAUACCAGGGACUCUGUUGUGAUUAGGGAGUUCUGGGAAAUUGUUCAUUCAUUUUCAGAUGAACAGAAAAGACUCUUCUUGCAGUUCACAACAGGCACGGACAGAGCGCCUGUAGGAGGACUAGGAAAAUUAAAGAUGAUUAUAGCCAAAAAUGGCCCAGACACGGAAAGGUUACCUACAUCUCACACUUGCUUUAAUGUCCUUUUACUUCCGGAGUAUUCAAGCAAAGAAAAACUUAAAGAGAGAUUGUUGAAGGCCAUCACAUAUGCCAAAGGAUUUGGCAUGCUGUAAAACAAAAAUCAAAACAAAAAACACAAAAGGAAGAAAAAAAAAGAGAAAAAGUUUAAAAAUUUAAUAAAUAUACUGAGGGAUAAGUUUGGUGGUGAUAGUGUCACAGUAAAAAGGCUGUAAGAUAGUGAACCACAGUAGUCAUCCGUGUCUGCCUCCCUUCUUCAUUUGGGGACAUGUGGGCUGGAACAGCAGAUUUCAGCUGCAUAGAUGAACAAAUCCUUUAUUAUUAUUAUAAUUAUUUUUUGUGUGAAAGUGUUACAUAUUCUUUCACUUGUAUGUACAGAGAGGUUUUUCUGAAUAUUUAUUUUAAGGGUUAAAUCACUUUUGCUUGUGUUUAUUACUGCUUGAGGUUGAGCCUUUUUGAGUAUUUAAAUAUAUAUACCAACAAAACUACUCUCCCAAGAAAACCAUUGCCAUCAUUUGUAGACCAUGUAACCUGCAAGUAUGUGCUUUUUUUUUUUUUUUGUCCCUGUAUCUAACUCAAAUCAGGAACUGGUUUUUUUUUGUGUUUUUUUUUCUGUUUUUUCCCCCCCUAAUGAUUUUUGCUUUUGAAACUUGAAGUCUUGGAAACAGUGUGAUGCAAGUACUGCUGUUCUAGCCCCCCUAAGAGUUUUCUGUGCAAAAUCUUGAAAAUCAAUAAAGAUGGGAGAACUUAGAAUGUUCGAACUACAACCCUCAGAACUUUAGUAACAGCACAACAAAUUAAAAAGCAGCUCCUGCCACAGUACGUUGUCUUCAUGUGUCUUGCAAUGAACUGUUUCAGUAGCCAAUCCUUUUUCUUAGACUAUGGAAGGACAGGGAUUUUUUUUUUUUCGGUUACUGUUCUUGUUUUAAGUUUACUGGGGAAAGUGCAUUUGGCCAAAUGAUAUGGUAGUCAAACCUGUUGCAACAAAGUUAGAAGUUCGUUGUUCGUUAUAAAAAGCAUGUGAAAGUGCACUUAAACUUUAUUAAUUACUUAUUACCUAGAUUUUAAAUAGACAAUCCAACGUCUCCCCUUCGUGUUGCUAUCACCUCGUUUAAUCGACUACGUUAUGAAGGCACGUGAUCAGUGUUGCAGUGUAACAGGAAGGGUGGCUACCGUGCCUUGCGCCUUGCGUUACUUAGUCAUACGAGUAAGUAGGCCUGGAAGUGAAUGGAAUUUUUACUCCUCAGAAUUACAUUGUAUAUCCCCAAAGAUUAAAUUUUGCUUUCAAAAGUACUGUUAAAAGAUUACUUUCAUGUACUACAGGAAAGAACAAAUAGGUUUAAAUUACUGGAUAUUUAAGGUAGUGGUUUCCCUGUUCCUAGUCUUCUAUGUCUGUGAUGUUAAUUUCUUUUUUUUCUUUUGCAUUAUAAAAUAAAAGGAUUAUGUAUUUUUAACUAAGGAGAGACAUUGAUAUAUCAUUUUACUACAGGCUACAGCUAAUGUGCUGAGCUUGUGCCUUGAUGAUUAAACAGAUUACUGCAGAUCAGCCUGAUAAUUUGUUUGAAAUUGGCAUGAAAAGUACAGCUUUCAAAUCAUUGGAGGGGGAAAAAGGAUGUCUUUCAGGAUUAUUUUAAUUCUUUUAGUAAUUGAAAUACAACUGUCAAUGUACUGUGAUGCUAAUAAAACAGUGGCAUUUAUUUUUCACUAUAAUGGAAAAAGAAAAUAAUGCUUUUCAUAUUGUGAUGUGAUAAGGUAACAUGGGGUUUUUCUGGGCCAACUUUCAGAAUACUGAUGGUGUAUACAUUAUAAUACAAGGAACUCUCAAUCGUUUAAAAGAGCCUCUCAUCCACUGUGCUUCUUAGUAUUAUGAACGUAAGAAGUAAAAUGUGCUGGGGAUGUUCUAUAUAAUCAGUUCAUGAAGAAACUCGUGUUGGUAAAUUCUCAAAUUCCAUUAUAAGUACAGGUUAUCAGUUAAAAGUCACAUCAAUAGAUUUAGCAAGGUGUCCAAAAUAAAUCCACCCUAAACCUUUUUUUUUCUUUUUGGAGAAAAAAAAUCACUCCUCAGUAACCAGUUACUGCAUCAUAUUACUUAUUAUGAUAGUCUUUUAUUACUUACUAGAAUGCCAGUGAAUAGAAUCUUAAGGACGACCAAAACAGAUUCCGACUGUAACCUCUACUCUCCCUUCCCCACACGUUCGUUAUCAAAGCACUGCUGGUUGCGGGAGGCUGUUUUCUUAGCUGCUUUGCUUCUCUUUGAAUUGGCCAAUUAUCUCCAGGGCAGAGGAAGAAUUGAACUAUAAAAUAAUUCCCUAAUUAUAAAAUGUGAUUUUCUUAAAUGUAAUGUCUUACCUUUUAGAAUUGUAGAGCACUCACACAUACAACAAAAAUAUAGCCUGCUGCCACAGACUUGGGAGCAGGUGAACUGCCUGUCCAGACCGUGGUUAUUGCUUUUCUGGCCUAUGGUCAUGUGAUAAAGUCCAAUUUGGAUUUCUUUAGCCUUAUUUUCAGACACAUUUCUAUGUAGGUACACUGAAAUAAAGAAACCUGAGAAUGAGGCUUCAAACAGAGCACUUCUAUAUCAUUCAUUCAGAAUGGGGCCAGGUGUUUACUAGAAAGGACAAAUGGUUGGACUGGGCCCUAUCACCCCAUUUCAGUAGGAGCCUGGUAAGGGCUGAGGUUUCAAGUCCCUGUUGAGAGUUUUCUCAAUAAUUCACAUAAGCUGUCAGAGCAAGUAUCUUAUUAAAUCACUGUAAUCUAGGUACCUUUACCUCCUUACCUCAAAAAUAGUUUUUCUAUCCAUCAGCCUUCCCUUCAUCUAGGACUGCCUAUAAUCGCCCUUUCUUCCCUCAGACCACCAAAGAGCCAAAAAAAAACAAAAAA